UAAAAGGUAGAUCCACAUGUAUUGGUUUAUUACAAAUCUUGGUCAAAUGUAGGAAUAACCGCCAUCAUUGAAUUGAAUCAGGGCUCCAUUUUUCUUUAUAAACUAUACAGCCAGCAUUGGUUAUUUUUCAUAUAACAAAAUACAAUCUUGCACAUGGGACAGAGGGAGAUGGCGGAGGAGCACGGCGGAAGACGAUGGCGGUUGGUGUUGACAGCAAGUCCACUCCAAGGCCACAUGACCCCCAUGCUCCACCUUGCCACCUUCCUUCAUUCCAAAGGCUUCUCUAUAACCAUUGCUCACUCCGAGUUAAACCGACCGGACCCUUCAAACCAUCCUGGUCUCACCUUCCUCCCUCUACAUGACAACAUAUCUGCCACCUUGGAUUUCGCCAACGCGAUCCAGUUCUUGCAAACUCUCAAUGAUAACUGCAGGCCCCAUUUCCAGGAACACCUUGUUCAGAUUAUAAAUGCACAAAAAGACUCAUCUGAUAAGGAAACAAUCGUUAUUAUCUAUGAUAAUCUCAUGUAUUUUGCUGGAACUGUCGCUGGCGAUCUGGGUCUACCGUCUAUCGUCUUGCGCACCAGUGGUUCGUCUAUCUUUCCUGCAAUCAAGAUCAUCCCUCAGCUUCAUCAAGAAGGUCGAUUUCCUGUACAAGAUUGUAUGUUGCAGGAAAUAGUUACAGAACUGGAUCCCUUGAGAUAUAAAGAUCUACCUUUUUAUGGUCUCCCAAUAAAACAAACACUUGAAACGAUCAACAUGAUCAUGCCCAAGACACCUCCAUCUGCCUAUCUAUGGAACACCCUUGAAUUUCUUGAACCAUCCGCACUGACCCAGAUCCGUGAUCACUACCAAGUUCCAGUCUUUACGGUCGGACCAUUACACAAAAUAAUCCCAACACCUUCUAGUACUAGCUUUCUCGAAGAGGAUACAAGUUGCAUCUCAUGGCUAGAUAAACAAGCACCCAAAUCAGUGUUGUAUGUGAGCUUAGGAAGCAUAGCUAAUAUGGAUGAAAAGGUAUCAACUGAAAUGGCAUGGGGUCUAGCCAAUAGUAACCAGCCAUUCCUGUGGGUGGUUCGACCCGGUUCGGUUAAAGGGUUUGAAUGGAUUGAGUUUUUGCCGGAGGGUUUGGUGAGUGAGAUGAAGGCGAGAGGUUUGAUCGUGAAAUGGGCACCGCAGAAGGAAGUCUUGGCACAUUCUGCGGUUGGGGGAUUUUGGAGCCAUUGUGGUUGGAAUUCGACGUUGGAAAGCAUGUUUGAAGGGGUUCCGAUGCUAUGCCAGCCGUUUGAUUUAGACCAAAAGGUUACCACCAGGUACUUGAGUUAUGUGUGGAAAAUGGGUGUUGAGAUUGUUGUGGAGAGAGGGGAGAUUGAAGGUGCAAUCAGAAGAGUUUUGGUGGGUAAAGAAGGGGAAGAAAUGAAGCAGAGAGCUAUGGAGAUUCAAGAAAAGGUUAAAGAUGCAAUCAGCCAUGGUGGUUCUUCACAGAACUCUUUAAAGAAGUUGGUGGAAUUCAUUUUAUCGUUAUAAGCGUGCGGUCUGUUUCAUUAAUAAGUUUCUAGAUACACUGUAUUCUUUAUAACAAGUUUCUUGAUACACUGUUUCAUGUGGAUAUGCUGAAAACAAACAUCAAAAAGUAAUGAAAUUGAGUAUGGUUUUGUUUUA